AUGCAGGUAGAUGCGGACUCCCGGGCUCUGAACCAUGCGGGCUCCACGCCGUCGUUCCGCGAGCCCCGCCCCUUCGCCAAGAUAGCCAUGAGCAGCUGCAAGUACAAUGGCGGCGUGGUCCGGCCCCUGAGCGGCCGGGUCGCCUCCCAGCACCACCCCCUCGCACCCGGGGCCGAGACCCAGCCCUUGGAGGUGGUGGUCUCCCACACGGAGCCGUCCAAGGGCACGGCGGGCAGGCUGGGGCCGGAAGGGGAGGGGGGUAAGCGCCUGAGCGACUACGCCCUGAUCUUCGGGAUGUUCGGCAUUGUCGUCAUGGUGACCGAGACGGAGCUGUCCUGGGGCGUCUACACCAAGGAGUCGUCGUAUUCAUUUGCACUGAAAUGCCUUAUCAGCCUUUCCACCAUGAUCCUGAUGGGCCUCGUCAUCAUGUAUCACGCCCGAGAAAUCCAGCUCUUCAUGGUGGACAACGGGGCGGACGACUGGAGAAUAGCCAUGACCUACGAGCGGAUCUUCUUCAUCACCCUGGAGCUGCUCGUGUGUGCGGUCCACCCCAUCCCGGGCCAGUACCUCUUCACCUGGACGGCCCGGCUGGCCUUCACCUACACGCCCUCGGUGGCCGAGGCCGACGUGGACAUCAUCCUCUCCAUCCCCAUGUUCCUGCGCCUCUACCUGAUCGGGCGGGUCAUGCUGCUGCACAGCAAGCUCUUCACCGACGCCUCCUCCCGCAGCAUCGGCGCCCUCAACAAGAUCAACUUCAACACCCGCUUCGUCAUGAAGACCCUCAUGACCAUCUGCCCCGGCACCGUGCUGCUGGUCUUCAGCAUCUCCCUGUGGAUCAUCGCCGCCUGGACGGUCCGCGUGUGCGAGAGGUAUCACGACAAGCAGGAAGUGACCAGCAAUUUCUUGGGGGCGAUGUGGUUAAUUUCAAUCACGUUUCUCUCCAUCGGCUACGGCGACAUGGUGCCGCACACCUACUGCGGGAAGGGGGUGUGCCUACUCACGGGCAUCAUGGGCGCUGGCUGUACAGCUCUGGUUGUGGCUGUCGUGGCCCGGAAGCUGGAGCUCACCAAAGCUGAAAAACACGUGCACAAUUUUAUGAUGGACACGCAGUUAUCAAAGCAGGUGAAAAAUGCUGCUGCCAACGUACUCAGGGAAACGUGGCUCAUCUACAAAUACACCAAGCUGGUGAAGAAGAUUGACCAUGCCAAAGUUCGGAAACACCAGCGUAAGUUCCUCCAAGCCAUCCAUCAAUUGAGGAGCGUGAAAAUGGAGCAGCGGAAACUGAACGACCAGGCCAACACCCUGGUGGAUUUGGCCAAGACCCAGACCAUCAUGUACGACAUGAUCUCCGAGCUGCAGGAGCGCAGCGAGGACCUGGAGAAACACCUCAGCGCCCUGGAGAGCAAGAUCGACUCCCUGAGCCUCAGCCUGCACACCCUGCCGGGGCUCCUCCGCCAAGCCAUCCGCCAGCAGCAGGAGCUGGCCAAGAGCUGCACCCCCCGGGCCUGGCCCGUCUCCCCUUUGUUCUGGAAAGCCCUGUACAAUUCGACUCCUGGAGUUCGUCAUGCUGGAGUGAAGCGAGAGCUGCCGGCGGGGCCUGACCAGUAG